UGUUUGACUUUGUAUCAUUCCUUCCGUCAACAAUACCCAAUAUCACAACCUCAUACGCUUCUCUCACUUCACUUCUGAAUUCUCAUUCAUAAACACACAAAAAUGUCAAGCUGCCCUCCCUUCGAUUUCUCCGGCAAGUAUUACCAAACUUCCGGCGACGCCUGUUUGCGGCAGAGCAAUUUCUUUGGCGGGAAAGCUGUCCUUAAUCAAGGUGUUGGGUACUCUGUUAUUCUCGGAUUUGGUGCCUUCUUUGCUUUCUUCACCUCAUUCCUGGUUUGGGUGGAGAAACGUUACGUCGGAGCUCGCCACACGUCGGAGUGGUUCAACACCGCCGGGAAGAAACGUCAAAACCGGACUCAUAGCAAGUGUUAUUGUAUCUCAGUGGACUUGGGCUGCUACGAUAUUACAAAGUUCAAAUGUUGCUUGGGAGUACGGAGUCAGCGGUCCAUUCUGGUACGCCAGUGGUGCCACCAUCCAGGUGCUUUUGUUUGGUGUCAUGGCUAUAGAGAUCAAAAGAAAAGCUGCUCAUGCUCAUACAGUUUGUGAAAUUGUCAAAGCUCGAUGGGGAACGGCUGCACAUGUCGUGUUUUUAGUUUUUGUUUCAUGACAAAUAUCAUUGUAACUGCGAUGCUGCUGCUUGGCGGCUCUGCGGUGGUCAAUGCACUCACCGGAGUCAACAUUUAUGCCGCCAGUUUUCUAAUACCUCUUGGUGUAAUCGUAUAUACACUGGCCGGAGGAUUGAAGGCCACUUUCUUGGCUAGCUAUAUACAUUCUGUGAUAGUCCAUGUGGUGUUAGUCAUUUUUGUAUUCUUGGUCUACACGGCAAGCAGUGAGCUAGGUAGCCCAAGCGUUGUCUAUCAACGUCUAAUGGAGGUCUCGAGCCGAUCUAGAACAUGUCAAGAACCUCUCUCCCACAAUGGGCAAGCUUGUGGCCCUGUCUCCGGGAACUACAACGGAUCUUACUUAACUAUGUUGAGCUCCGGUGGGUUUGUUUUUGGUAUAAUCAACAUUGUUGGUAAUUUCGGCACAGUUUUUGUUGACAAUGGAUAUUGGGUGAGUGCAAUUGCAGCUAGACCACAAUCGACUCACAAAGGCUACCUGUUAGGUGGGCUUGUAUGGUUCGCUGUGCCGUUUUCUUUAGCAACAGCACUUGGUUUAGGAGCUCUAGCCCUUGACCUUCCGUUGACCGCUAGUGAAGCGAGCCGAGGGCUUGUGCCUCCUGCUACAGCUAUUGCAUUGAUGGGAAAAGGAGGAUCUGUUCUCCUUCUCACCAUGCUUUUCAUGGCCGUAACCUCUGCGGGUUCUUCCGAAUUAAUCGCGGUUUCAUCCCUUUGCACCUACGACAUCUACCGUACAUACAUCAACCCCGAUGCAACCGGGAAACAAAUCCUAAAAGUUUCACGCGCAGUCGUCUUCUCAUUCGGAUGUUUCAUGGGAAUUUUAGCAGUCAUACUUAACAAAGUCGGUGUGUCCCUCGGUUGGAUGUACCUAGCCAUGGGUGUGUUCAUCGGGUCCGCAGUUAUGCCCUUAGCCUUCAUGCUCCUAUGGCGAAAAGCCAAUGCAUUUGGUGCCAUUUUAGGGACCAUUUCCGGGUGCCUUUUAGGUAUCAUUACUUGGUUAGUGGUUGCUAGGGUUGAAUACGGGCGGGUCAAUCUUGAUACAACCGGAAGAAACGCACCGAUGCUUGUGGGAAAUUUAGUCUCGAUUCUUACGGGUGGGGCCGUUCAUGCGGUUUGUAGUUUCUUGAAGCCACAAGAUUAUGAUUGGGAGAGCACGAGGCAGAUAACGGUUGUUGAGAAGGAAAGGAGUGAGAUUGCAGUUGAUGAGUAUAAGGAGGAGAAGUUGAUUGCUGCGAAGAGAUGGAUUAUAAAAUGGGGUGUCGGGUUUACGUUCGUGAUUGUCAUAUUAUGGCCCGUUUUGUCCCUUCCCGCAAAGGACUUCAGCAAAGGAUACUUUACUUUCUGGGCAAUUGUGGCGAUAGCAUGGGGUACAAUUGGGUCAGCUGUGAUCAUAGUUCUACCACUGGCGGAAAGCUGGAGAACAAUUCAAAAUGUAAUGAUUGGAAUGUUUACAAAUGAUAGACUUGUAGAGAAGAUUGAAGAACUAAAUCUAAAGCUAGAAACCAUCAUUAAAGCUGUACCUGAUGCUGAGAGAAUUUACCAACUCGAAAAGGGAAAGAUUAAGAAGAAUGAAACAUCACAGUUAGUGUAAAAACAGCCAAUUGGCUAAAGUUCUUUAUCUGAUUCCGAUUAGUAGAUGGAAUCGACAAUCAAUGGCUAUUUUUCUGCUUCAACAUGAACACAAAUGGUAACAAGAGCAAAAAUGGCUCUUUUGUUUUACUUCAGAUCAAGUAAAUAAGAACAUUAAAGAGAAGUGAAACGUAAUCAAACAAAGAAAUGGAUUCUUGUAUAUUUGUU